GUGUCAUCCAUGCCUCAAGGAUUCUUCACGGAGAGAGGUCAAAUUGUGAAUUGAAUACUGUCUCUUCAGAGCUUUUGUUUUGUUGUAGCCAUCUGCUUCCGUCGCCAACGGCAUACGCUUGCUAUGGACCAACCUUUGAAAUGUUUCACGAACUGCCUUAUUUGCAUGUCCGGAGAACUCGUUGCACAAGAUCUUUACUUCAGUUCUGAAACGGGCAUCAUCACACCCAACUACUAUUUCCGGAAAGAUGGCGUCGAAAGAAUAGAUUUGAACGGCAGCAUUGUCGCUCCGGGGUUUCUGGACUUGCAAACCAACGGCAUGCAAGGCAUCCAUUUUACACAGCUGGCUAGUCAGAAAGACCAAGCAGGAGACGAUGCACAGAAACUGCAGACUGUCAGUGAGAUGGAGGUUGCUCACGGCGUUACUGGGUGGUGGGCAACAGUUCCUACGGUUGCAAAGGACAGAUGGAAGCAGAUCGUGCCGACUCUGAUGCCACGCGCUUUCUCGUCCGGGGCUGAGCUUCUCGGAGCCCAUGUAGAAGGUCCAUUCCUGAACGAGUCCAAGAAAGGUGCACACAAUGCUCAAUACCUACAGAUACCGACAGAAACAUCGCCCGCAGAACUGUACGGAGAGAUGAACCUCAAUGGUGCCAUCAAGGUGAUCACCAUGGCUCCUGAAUUACCCGGAUCGACUGCGUUGAUCGGUCAAUUGCAGGAAGAUUAUCCUCACAUAGUGAUAUCUCUAGGCCAUUCAGCAGCCACAUACGAGCAGGGCAUCGCGGCGGUGCAGAUGGGUGCUCGAGCAUUGACGCAUGUAUUCAAUGCCAUGAACCCGCUUCAUCACCGCGACCCGGGAUUGGCAGGACUUAUGGCAACGGGAAAGUGCUAUUUCUCGGUCAUACCGGAUGGCAUCCAUCUUCAUCCUUCAGUACUGACAAUGUGCAUGCGAGCUGAUCCUCAAAAAUGCGUCUUCAUCACAGAUAGUAUUGAGCUGGCAGGUUUGUCUGACGGAGUACACCCUGGCCAUGGACAGAUACCGGGAAACCAGUACAAACAAGGGAACAAGGUCACGAUCCAAGGCACGAAUACUCUGAUCGGCAGCUGUUGCACGGUGGAUGAGUGCGUACGGAAUGCAGUGGCGUUCAGCGGUUGUAAUCUGGCGGAGGCUGUUCAGUGCGUAACUGAGAACAUUGCAAAUAUGAUGGGGGAAAGCAAGAGAGGAAAGCUGGAGCCAGGAAGAAGAGCAGACUUUGUGAUCUUGAACGAGGGUGGCUUCGUGAAGGAAACUUGGAUGGGUGGGAAUCGAGUGUGGCCGGGGGUCUCUAGAUAGGCGAGGUACUCGUAUUGUAGUAUGUCAGGCUCGAGCCUGUGAUGCUCAUGGCAGCUACG